GCUGGUGCUCGCGAGGCUGAAAAGGCGGGACGGGAAAGGAGGCCGUCGAGGAUUGGCGGCGGAGAUCUUGAGGGUGGGAUUCAAACCUAGAAGGAUGCGGCGUGGGAAGAAGAGCGAGAUGCUUGAUUGGAAGAAAGUUCGUUGGGGCGGGACACGAGCCGCCCAGGAGGCGGGCCCUAAGUCAGAAACGUGCAGCGGAUUGGAGAGAAGGCCCUUGUGGGGCGGUUUCCUGAGCACAGGGACCGCCCUUCCGCGAAAGAUGGCGGCACCCAGUGAGAUAUCGGGGCGAACAGGGUUCAGCUCCGGGCCGGUGCAGGCGUCGCUGGAGGGGCUGGAAACAGACGACGAGCCGGAAAAGCAGCUGGAACGGCUGCACGAGAUCAUGGAACUGCUCCGCGAACAGCAGCACCGAGAAACUGCUCCUGAGCGUGUCUUCCAGAGCAUCAGUCAGAUCCUGAUAAAAUCCUCCCGCCAGGUGCAUCUGGCCUGCUGGGACGAGGGCCUCCGGGGACCUCUGGAGCCCCAGCUGCAGCUCCUGGCCGAGUGCUUCCGCUGCCUGAGGAACGCCUGUGUGCAGUGCCCCGGGAACCAGAGCACGAUCAGGAACUUGAACUUGAUCGACAGCACGGUGGAGCUGAUUAAUUUAUUUCAGAAGCUGGACAUGGAGCAGGAAUCCCAUUUGGCGGCUUUUCGCUGCAGCCUGCAGUUCUUGGGCAACAUCGCAGCGGGGAACGAGGUUUCGCAAGAGGCCAUCUGGAGGGCCGCCUUCCCAGACCUCUUCUUGUACUGCCUCCGCCAUCCAGAUGAGAAGGUCGUCGCCUACGCCUCCAUGAUCCUGUUCACAUGUCUGAACGACGAACGGCUGAAGGACCUGCAGACCGGGAACCUGCACGUGCCUCUGCUGGUCAUCGAGGCCCACCGGAAGCAGCCCGACUCCGAGUGGGCCUUCCUGAUCAUUUCGGACUAUCUGCUGAAAAGCCCGGACCUGGUGAAAGCCGUGUACUCGAAGCUGAGCAACCCAGAAAGGGUUACGCUGCUUGAUCUCAUGGUGGCCAGGCUGGCAGGGGAUGAGCCGCUGGCCAGAGAGGACCUGACCGCUUUUCAGAGUCACGCUGAAUUGGUUGCAAGUCGUUUCCAAGAAAGAUGCAAGUCUGUGCUGAGGCUUGCCUCAGAGUACGACAAUGAUGAGGAAGCCCUGGCCACAAUCAGGCUCCUCCACGUCCUUUGUGAAAUGACUGCCAACUGCGAACUGCUCGGCUCCUUGCAAGCAUUCCCCGGGCUCCUGGAGACGGUUGUGGAGCUCCUGCGGCUGGCCCACCUGGCUGGGAAGGAGACCUCGAAUGUCUUCACGGUCGCCACGUGUAUGCGGGGCGACGGGGACAUCGCCAACCCCGCGGCGGGCUUCAAGUCGCACCUGGUUCGCCUGAUUGGGAACAUGUGCUACAAGAACAGAAACAACCAAGACAAGGUGUACGAACUGGACGGCAUUCCCCUCAUUCUGGACAACUGCAGCAUGGAUGACAACAAUCCCUUUCUGAAUCAGUGGGCAGUGUACGCCAUACGGAACCUGACCGAGCACAAUAAAAGAAACCAAGAGCUGAUAGCAAAGAUGGAAGACCAUGGCCUGGCAGAUACAACCAUGCUUAAGAAAAUGGGUUUUGAAAUUGAAAAACAAGGUGGGAAACUGACUUUGAGAUCUACAAGAAAAGGUCCUACUUGUGAAUAAUAUCACCAUCUGACUCAUGGCUCCUGGCUCCCUGGGAUUUGCCAUCCUUGCAGGCUGUGAAAUGACAAGGGUCUGAAGACUAUCUGACAGUGCAAAGCUAAAAAUGCCUUAAGUUUGGGAAAGCCGAAUGAGACGCAGCCGGCCCCGAUGGGCACCUUGGACAUUUAGCAGUUUGUGCCGUAGAGUUGCCAUAGACGUACUGCAUCUUGCCAUAAUAAAGUUUUCUGUUUGGGGUGGCACGGGCCUCCUGUGCUCUGA